AUGUCUGACAAAUCUCACAACAUAGUACAUAUUAUGUGGUUGUACUUGUUGAGAGGUUUGCAAGAGACAGGACAAUAUAGUUGGGGUUCAACAUGCUUAGCAACACUUUAUAGAGAAUUGUGUCGUGCAUCUGAACCCGGUGUUAUGUCGAUCGGGGGAUGUUCACAUCUACUUCCAACGUGGGCAUGGUACCAUAUGCCGUUUCUUGCACCAAUAAGUAAUCUUGAGCCUCAUUUUCCAUUCUCAAAAAGAUAUAGUGGAAAGGGUAUGAAAUUUGGCGAUACACCUCGUUAUCAUACCGCUGGAUAUCGAUCAAAAAUUGAUCACAUGACCUUUAUUUGGAGACAAUAUAUAGGUCUAACAUACGAUUAUCCAGAAGACAAUUGGCUAUGGAAUGCAUCUACAUAUUUAAUUUGUUUCUACAUAAUAGAAAUGCAUCAAACUGAUAGAGUUAAACUACAAUUUGGACUACCUCAAGAAAUUCCACAUCCUCCAAGGAACAUGAUAAAGUAUCAUAAGGUAGAUUUGCAUAAACAAGUUGACUAUAGUUGGACAUUAUUCUACGAAAAUGAGAACAAAGAGUGGAAUGAACGAGAGAAUCAUAUUCUUAAUGGCCAACCUCUAAAUGUUGAAUUCAAACCAAGUUAUGAAUACAUGGUUUGGUUUUGUAAAAAUUCUAAACGAUUUAUUUCUGUAGAAAACCAAUUGGCUGAUCCUCGUGUCAAUCCACCUCAACCUCCACCACAAUCUAGUGGAAGUAGUUCUUCUGCAGCACUUCCUCCUAGACAUCCUCCACAACAAGAAGACGAAGAUCAAGAAGAAGAAGAAGAAGAACAACAGCAACAAACUCGUGAUGUACCAAGGCGUCGCCAAAAUUCCGUACGUGUGAGAAAACCUCGACAAUGUGGUACCGGAGGCCACCUUCAACAUUAA